UUAAGUAGUGUCGCGAAAUACGAAUAUAUCUGAUAAAAAUUUUUAUUUUUUCAAAAUUUACAAAAGAAAAAUGCCACCGAUAACUACAGAAAAUAAUUUGUUGGUUUAUCAAGGCUGCAAUUUCUUAAAACAAAGAUUAAUAUUAUCGGUUCUUAGUGGAAAACCUAUUAAAAUAAUAGACAUAAGAGAUAAUUCUAUAGACCCAGGAUUAAAAGAAUAUGAAAUUAGCCUUAUUCGAAUGAUAGAUAAAAUCACAAAUGGUACAAAAAUUGAACUGGACUCGACAGGUACAUCUCUUUAUUUCAGUCCUGGCCUUUUGCACGGUGGAUUAUUGACACAUGACUGUUGUGUUGAAAGAAAUAUAGGAUAUUAUCUAGAAGCUUUAAUAGCCUUAGGUCCAUUUUGUAAAGAACCAAUCAACGCUAAACUAAGAGGCGUUACGAAUAGUAGUGAAAGCCCUUCAGUUGACUACGUUAAGCAAUCAGCAAUUCCUCUUCUAAAAAAAUUUUUAAUUGUUGAUGAUGGUUUGGAAAUGCACAUAAUUAAAAGGGGAUUGAAACCAAGUGGUGGCGGUGAAAUAUCAUUUAAAUGUCCUGUACGAAAAAACAUUCGAGCUAUUCAAUUUGUAAAGUCAGGAAUGGUGAAAAGAAUAAGGGGAAUCGUAUUUGGUUGCAAAGUUUCUCCAGCUUUAGGAAAUAGGGCCGUUGAAUCUGCAAAAGGUGUCAUGCUUAACUUUUUGCCGGACGUAUAUAUAAAUACAGAUCAAAACCGCGGAAAAACGAGUGGUAACAGUCCUGGUUAUGGUAUAUCUUUAGUCGCAGAAACAACUGAUGGGGUUUUUUAUGGGGCUGAAGGCGUAUAUGAUGUUACUGAGAAGGGGGAAAAUCUGAUUACACCGGAAGAUUUAGGAAAAGAUGUAGCAUUUAAGUUAAUAGAUGAAAUAUAUCGUGGUGGAUGUGUCGAUUCCAGUUUUCAAUGGUUGGCUUCACUUUAUAUUGCACUUGGAGAGAAAAAUAUAUCAAAAUUUCUAACGGGGCCGCUAUCCCAAUACACCAUAAAUUUCCUACAACACCUACGAGAUUUUUUUGCAAUAACAUUCAAAUUAUCUAAUAUCGAAGAAGAGGAAGAAGAAGAGGAAGCAGAAGGUGGUAAUAACAGCAAAGAUCGUGAUCGCGAGUGCCUUCAAGUCUUAAUGACGUGUGUUGGAGUAGGUUACAAAAAUAUAAGUAAACGUAUAAUCUAAUUCUCAUUUUAUAAAUAAAUAUCCCCGGAUUAA